UCAAUCUGAUCUUUUAUUUUGAAAGGCGCAUUACGGAAGUUGUUGAACGACACGCGGAGGAGGAGACAACCGACCAACAACAAACAACAACGGUUAACCGCAGAAUCCCUCCGUGUGUCCGGGCCGGGUGCUCUCUGCUCGGUGCGAAGCGGGACCUGCUAACCGCCAGCAGCCGUCCGGACGUUGGUCUCGGCCCCUGAACGCGCCGCGCUGUCCGCUGAUGGUCGUUUGAAUCUCGCCCCGGUGUUUGUCGCCGCUUCACGUCCGACCAACAUGACGACUUACACGGCGCUUCAUUCUCAGCUGACGUCCAUCAUGGAGGCGCUGACUAAAGCGGCGGUGGCGGAGAUCUGCGAGCUGGUCGAUGACAGCUACGCCGUGCUGCAGCUCGAGAUCUCCCGGAGCCACAAGGAGAACGAGGCGCUGAGGAGGAAGCUGGAGCUCAUCGAGACCAUCAUCGCCCGGGGACACCGGGGGAACGUCCCGGUGCUGGACUACGGAGCGCAGGACGCGGUCGGCGGGGGGCCGAUGGAUUUCACUGUGGAACGUGCCUUACCAGCUGGAGUUGGACUCAAACACCAAACAACAAACCUCAGACGAGCUGGACGGGUCCCCGUGUCAGAGGCGGUGCCGGCGCUGAACGCUGCCACCAAAGAGGACUCGUCUGCUGCAGAGGAGACGAACAGUCAGGACGUCGUGUUGAUAAAGACGGAGGCAGCAAAAGAGGAGGCGAACGACGACGACGUCACAGACGAGCUGCUUCUCAACGAAGACGGGACGGAGGUGCAGCUGUCGGAUGCAGAUGACAGUGGGGAAGGACCCUCAGGGAUGAUGAUCUCCACCUCAGCAGCCGACAUGAGGACGUGGGAUCAGAACAGUGACGGGCCGUCUGAGCGGGUCGACCAUCAAGAAUCCCAUAAUGCACUGGGGUCUCCGGGCCCUGCAGGGGGCGCUCAGAGCAGCUCUUCAGGUGUCGUGUUUGACUUGGCCUCAGAGUCGGACAGUGAAGCUCCACCUGUAGUCCAGAAGAGGAAGUCGUUCCUCCUCGGGUCGGGAGGAAGCCCCGCCUCCCUGCCCGGGACCUCUGAGCUGAAGAGGGGCGUGUCUCUGACCAGCUCCCUCCCCUUUGACACAGAGCUGGAUCUGUGCUCCUCAUGGACCAAUCAAGGCCGGCCGAGCAUGGUGCCCGUCGUUCACCGGCCUUCUCUCCAGGACAAAGUGUCAGACCUGAACGCUGCAGGCUUCCCUAUAGGACUCAGUCUGGGUGGACCCAGACUGGACCCACUGGAUCUGAACAGGUACUGCAGGGACCGGCGUUUCGUCUGCAGCUACUGCGGGAAGUGCUUCACGUCGUCCCGGAGCCUAGAGACACACGUGCGUGUUCACACAGGCGAGCGGCCGUACAGCUGCGCUCAGUGCGGGAAGCGCUUCACGCAGUCGGGACACCUAAAGACGCAUCAGAGCGUCCACACCGGAGAGCGCCCGUUUGCCUGCGAGCAUUGUGGGAAAAGAUUUGCUGGAAAGCAGAACCUGAGGAUCCAUCAGCAGAAACACCAUCCGGCUGAACAGAGUGCUGCUCCUGUUUAACUCAACUGGAAGUGAGAGACACUCUCUGUGAGAGCAGAACAUCGUGCUGUGACUCAUGGUUCUGUGAGGAGCUCCAAACUGUGAUGGACCAGAACCUUACUGCUGAUACUGAACUUCUGAUUGAAACCGAUCUUUUUAAAGGAGCACUCUGCAGUUAUGGAGCGGAAAUUUUAUUCACUUUAAUGCACUGACUGAUGUUUUUCUGUCUGAACAAACUGAAUAAACAAACUGACCUUAAAGAACAACA